AUGUCACCUGCAACAACUAUUCCUGAAUCUCACUUCACCUCACUUUUUGAGGCCCUGCGCUCGGCACCUACUGCACCUGAUGCCAAGGCUGCUGCCGACAGAAUCGCUCGCGAUGUAUCAAAAUUCGGUCUUCAAUCUCUUGAAGAUGAGGGCGUUGUAGAAUCCCUCCACACAUUUGCCACCAAUAAGAAAUCUGGCUAUGAACGCGAGUCUGCCGCCAUUGCAUUCCAAUCACUAGCCCGUAUACUCGGCGCUCCGGCUGCACCCAUGCUUCUGCCUUCGCUACAAGUACUCUUUGACCUAUACAUGGACAAGGGUGAUGUAGUCCGCGUCGCUGCGACUUCGGCCGUCAAAGCGAUCCUGAAACUCUGCCCUCCCGAAUCCACCUCACUGAUCUUCCGCACACUGGAGAACAUCCUAGCCACCGGCAAAUGGAAAGCCAAAGUUGGAGUGUUGGAAUCUUUCAAAAUCUUUGUAACCUCCGCCCCCGAACAAGUCGGCUUAGAGCUCGUCAACGUCCUCCCGAAAGUCGAAGCUGCUAUGCACGACACUAAACAAGAGGUAUCCGGCGCUGCGGUGAAAUGCGCAACCUCCCUCUGCACGACACUGGCAAACCCGGAUCUGGCGCCGCAUAUUCCCGUCCUUGUCAAAUGCAUGGCCAACCCAGACUCCGUUCCAGCAUGUAUCAAAGCCCUUUCAUCGACAACAUUCGUUGCCGAAGUCACCGCGCCCGCACUUGCUAUUCUUGUUCCUUUGCUCCUCCGUGCUCUCAACGACCGAAGCAUGGAGGUUCAGCGUCGAACCGUCGUCGUCAUUGACAACCUCGUUAAACUUGUCCGCGAUCCCAAAGUAGCCGCGGCCUAUCUGAGCACCUUAGUCGAAGGUGUUGAUAAGAUCGCUAAAGGUGCCGCUUUCCCUGAGGUUCGCGCCUUUGCCGCGACGGCCCUCAACACCCUUCUCAAAGCUGGUGCAUCUGCGGAAGGCAGCGCACCUACUCCACGAGACAUCUCUGGAGAAACCGCCAAUGCACUCUCGGUGCUGAUUUCCUUCCUCGAUCCCGACCUCAAAGUCCACGACUCGGGACAACCUCGCUACUCAUUACUCAUUCGCUCACUCGACUUUCAAGCGACGCUCGUAGCAGACCUUGUCUAUGCUCGGCGGUUCACUGACGCUGCAGCAUGGAAGCGCUGCGCAGGUGUCUAUUUAGAGCCUUGGACAAACAGCGAAAAGAGCGACAAGUACGCGGAGGAUGUCAGGUUACAUUUCCAGGCCAUCGAUCGAGCGAAGUACGCUCCACUCCAGAAUGGCAACUCUGACGAGGGGGAGGUCCUUUGCGAUACGCUGUUCUCCUUGGCCUACGGGGCCUUGCUCCUUCUUUCUCAUACUACAUUACGCCUUAUUCGUGGACGCCGAUACGGCAUUCUUGGUACGAACGGGUCCGGGAAAUCUACGCUCAUGCGUCAACUUCGCGAUGGCAAGGUUGAGAACUUCCCCCCUCAAGAUCAGCUUCGAUGCGUCAUGGUAGAACACUCGCUCCAGGGAGAGGAUGGUUCGCUGAGCAUCAUCGACUUCAUUGCUGCCGAUAAGGCUCUGAGCGAUAUCCCGCGUGCUAAGAUUGCCUCGCAACUUCGCGAAGUCGGUUUUGAUGAUGAACGCCAGAAGGAUAUUGUAGGCGGUCUCUCUGGAGGCUGGAAAAUGAAACUUGAACUUGCUCGAGCAAUGCUGUAUAAUGCCGACCUUCUCCUUCUCGAUGAGCCCACCAAUCACUUGGACCGCGCCUCCGUGAAAUGGCUCGAAGGAUAUCUUAUCGCUCACACUAAUGUUACGUGUCUCGUUAUCAGUCACGACUCAGGAUUCUUGGAUAACAUUACCACGGAUAUAAUCCAUUACGAGAAUAAGAAGCUCGUAUAUUACCCCGGCAACCUUUCUACCUUUGUCGAGCAACAUCCUGAAGCCAAAUCAUACUAUACGCUCGCUGCUACCUCAGUGAAAUUCGCUUUCCCUCCUCCUGGCUCCCUGAUGGGCGUUCGCAGCAACACCCGAGCCAUCCUUAAGCUUAGCAACUGUACUUUCACCUACCCCGGUCGUUCUGUUCCCAGCUUGUACAAUGUCAGCUGUGCGUUGACGCUUUCUAGUCGCGUUGGCGUCGUUGGUCCGAAUGGAGCUGGAAAGUCCACCCUGAUCAAGUUAUUGACCGGCGAGACAGCCCCGCAAGAGGGAACUAUGUACAAGCACCCGGCGCUAAGAGUUGGUUAUGUCUCCCAACAUGCUACCCAUCAUAUCGAGAGACAUCUAGAGAAGACGCCUAUCCAGUACAUUCAAUGGCGAUUCCAAGAUGGUCAUGAUCGUGAACUACUGGAAAAGGCUACCCGGGCAUUGACUCCCGAGGAGAAGGAACUGAUGGAGAAAGACUGGGUUGGAAGAGACGGCUCAAAACGAAAGCUUGAACUCAUUAUGGGUCGCCAAAAGUUGAAGAAGACCUUCCAAUAUGAGAUCAAGUGGCGUGGACUGGAUCACCGAUGGAACACCUGGGUUCCUCGCGAUGAUCUCCUCAACAAAGGCUUCACUAAGCUAGUACAGCAAUUUGAUGAUCUGGAGUCUUCGAGAGAGGGAGCCGGCUCUCGAGACACCGCAGCCCACCUCGUAAGGAAGCAUCUUGAGGAUAUUGGUCUGGAUGGAGACAUCGCCCAAUACAAUGAAAUAUCUGGUCUCUCUGGAGGUCAAAAGAUCAAGCUGGUUAUUGCUGCUUGUUUGUGGAACAAUCCACAGAUCUGCAUCCUGGAUGAACCAAGUAACUUCUUGGAUCGUGAAGCACUAGGUGGUCUUGCGGUUGCUAUCAGGGACUGGGCUGGUGCCGUGGUCAUCAUAUCCCACAAUCAAGAGUUUGUGUCCGCACUAUGCCCCGAAAUAUGGCAAGUCGAGGCCGGCAGAAUGACCCACAAAGGCAAAGCUGCUAUCGUCGAAGACGCCUUCCUGGACGCCAAAAGUCCUAAAGGAAGCGGCAGCAAUACCCCCGUCAGGUCAAGACUUGGGACUCCAAGUGCAUCUAUCCACGGCACGCCUGCCGCCAGUGGUGCAGAAGACGCGGGAGAAAAGGGGUCGUCCCCAGUCCCCAAGAAGAAAAAGAAGCUUACGAGGAAUCAGCAGAAGAUAGUGGAGGAGCGAAGGCGCCAACGAAAACUGCAGUGGUUGAUCAGUGGUGGGCCAAAGCCAGAGGACACAGAUAGCGAUUGA